CCGAGGGUUGGAAUCACACAUCAACAGGAAAAGGAAAACGAAGUUAGCGCUAGUAGCUUGUAGCCUAGCUAUGUAACCCUGCAACAGCCAAACCUAGCUGGUGAACACUAAGCACCUACAGUUAACAGGCUAUACAGCUAUUUUACUAGAGCUGUUAAACACAAUCUGAUCAAAUGGUUUAUGAGAAUGCGCAGCCAUGGGUGACAUGAAAACCCCAGAUUUUGAUGAUCUUCUGGCUGCCUUUGACAUCCCAGAUGCCACAGGGUUGGAUGCCAAAGAGCCCAUCCAGGGGAAUCAUGAGGAGACAGAGAGUCAGCUGAAACACACAGGGAUAUGUCUGGAUGACAGCUUAUUGAGUAGUCCAGCUGUAGCAGCGUCAGAUAUUCCUGCUGUAAGUGUUAUUGUAAAAAACACAAGUCGCCAGGAGUCAUUGGAAGGUUUUGGUGAUAGGCUUCACUCAGGAUCAGCAUUGCAAAAUGGAUUCAGGGGAGAACAGACCUCUAUUGACUCUGUCGAGACAACUAACACCAGCUUCUCCAAAUCAUUUGUCUCUGCUUUGAAUGGAGAGAGUUCAAGAGAGUUUCUCGGAAAGGCACCUGUUCAGCACAAACCUGACGGGACACCAAUAUUUUCCCAGUCGGUUUCUCAUUUCAGUCCCAUCUCCAGUCCUGAGUCUGAAGACACUCAGUGUAGCAGAGAUGAAAUGCAUCCAAAACAAGAGAGACCCUGUUUCCCAGAAGCUUCAGUUUCAGUGGAGCCUUCAGUCCCAGGCAAUCCUAAAAAAUUGGACCUCUUCAUGUUCAAUGACAGCCCAACAGACUCCGAUAUUCCCAACAACACUCAAAGGAGCAGAGCUGAAAGUAGUAGAAGCGAGGAGCCCUCUGACAUCUGUGUCAGUAAGCAAAUGGAUACAACACCUAGAGCACACAGUGCACUUCCUCCGCCAAGCGGUAACCACAACCUAAUUGAGACCAACUGCAAUUCAGGAACCACAAUGGAUGUUCCCCCCUCUUAUCCACAUGUCAAAUCUCAGACAUCUAAAUUAUCCUCUUGCCUUGAGGCUUUGGUGGCUCUGAAUGCCAGAAAAGAUCCCAGUGAGCAGACUAAUCUCAGAGAGACAUCAGCUGUUCAGAAUGACUGCAUGAAAGUUAGCCCCAAAGUACCCAUAUCCCCGCGAAGUCCCAGAAGUCCACUUGAAGCUGUGAAACGGUUAAUGAAACCCUCUGAUAGCCCUGUAAGCAUCUGCAGCGAUAGUAGCGGCAAAGCAUCCCCUGCAGUGGCAUCUGGGUCACCCCCUGCUAUACCCAGGGUCAGAAUUAAGACCAUCAAAACCACAUCUGGGCAGAUCAAGCGCACAGUCACCAGUGUGCUGCCUGACUCUGAAACAGAUGAAGUUCAUUCAACCUAUGAAUCCUCUCCAUCACAGAGUAUGAUCAGUGAAGACUCUUACUGCAACAUGUCUCCUCAUCAGUCUCAAAGUGCGACUGUUGAUACCAUUGUUGGAAUACAGAAUAAAGGCGCUCCAGGUAGUGCAUCUUCACCGAAAGUUUUACACAACAAAUCAGAAGCGAACUCCAGGAGGUCAGGCACAGCACAGUCUGCAACAAUAUUUCACAAUACGGUUGGUCCUGUCAAAAGAUCUGUUGCACAUCAAGGGCAGAAACCAAAGAGGGUGUCAGCUACAACAGGCCACUCAGCUAGCACAAACUUCCUCCCCAAAGCAAUGCACUUAGCUAGUUUGAACCUGGUCCCUCACAGUGUCGCCGCCUCAGUGGCUGCACGAUCCACCUCCCAUCAACAAAGCCAACACACACUCUCCUCCACGGUGUACAGCACUGUCCCAUUGGUGCAUCAGGUCAAAACAGCCAACCCUUACCCUCGCACGUCCACUCCUAACACAGCAGCGGGAACCUUGAACAGGCUGUUGAACAAUGCCAACCCCGUGCCUACAUAUGUGCCCAACCUGAACCCUCCUCCAGAGAGCAAUAUCAACCUUCCACCGCGCGGGUACUGCUGCCUUGAGUGCGGCGACUCCUUCGGGGUGGAGAGGAGUCUCGCAUAUCAUUACGGCAGGAGGAGCGUUCACAUCGAGGUAGGAUGCACGCACUGCGCAAAGACGAUGGUGUUUUUCAACAAGUGUGCCUUGCUGGCGCAUGCCCGGGAGCACAAGAGUAAUGGCAUGGUGAUGCAGUGCACGCAACUCUACAUGAAACCCAUAGCAGAGGAGCAGAUGUUUGUACCCCUCAGCGCUGAACCUGCGGACUCUUACGCUUCGCCAUCACCCUUGUCUAAAAGCCAACCUGUCCUGCCCUUAUAUCCAGACAACAUAAUUCGCCACCGACUCCGAUGCCUGGAGUGUAACAAACAGUUACCUGACUACAAAGCACUUGCAGGCCAUUACCAGAGGUCGUCAGAGGAUGUGGAAGGACUGAUGUGUAAGGUGUGCUCAAUGUUGCUACCCAACAAGUGCAGCUUCAGAGCUCACCAACGCAUUCAUGCACACAAGUCCCCAUACUGCUGUCCCGAGUGUGGUGCCCUGAGUCGUUCUGCAGACAUACAGAAGCAUGUCAAGGAAAACUGUCUGCACUAUGCACGCAAGGCUUGGUACAAAUGCCUUCACUGUGAUAUGGUCUUCAAGACCCUUCAUGGACAAAAAACUCAUAUUGAAGAGAAACAUUGUGAGGUCUUUUACAAGUGCUCCAUCUGUCCGGUUGCCUUCAAGACCUCUGACGGCUGUGAAGUUCAUUUGAAAAAUAAACACAGUGCUAGCAAAAUAUCCCCUCAGUUAAUCUUUAAGUGUUCAUGUGAGGCUAUUUUCAAGAAGAAGCAGUUAUUGUUUCAGCAUUUCCAUCAGAACGCUAACAAGCGUGUUACCUGUGUAUUCAAGUGUCCAGAAUGCAACUCAGUCUUUCCACAAAAGCAGCUGUUAAUGCAACAUUUCAAGGGUGUACACGUAGGAAACAUGACAGCAGAGACUGAGAACAGCAGACAAUCUGACAAGACCGUUUGGUACCAGGAUGCUCAUUCCGUCCAACAACAGAAGAGUCACAGUCCUGUCAAACACACUGAUCCCAGAAAAAAGGCCGAACUGGACAGCAGACCUCGCGUGAAGCCCACCGGCUGGACGUGUGGCGACUGUCUCCAGUGGUUCCCUGAAAGAGAUGCCUACGUUUCUCAUGUGAAGACCAAACAUGGGAAGUCAAUGAAGAAGUAUCCAUGUCGCCAUUGUGAGCAGUCUUUCAACUCUACAACCAGUCUGAGAAGACAUAUUCGCAAUGACCAUGAUGGAAAAAAGAAAAUUUACACUUGCUGGUAUUGCACGGAUUCAAAGACGAUAUUCACGACGAGUGUGAUGUUGAAGAACCACAUCAGUCUAAUGCAUGGAAUCAAAAAUCCUGAUCUCAGCCACAUGCCAAAAACAGCCAUCCAGGAGUCAAAAAAGGCUUUGGGCAAGGGACUUGAAUCAGAAAGACUUGCUGUUGGCACACAGAAGGAGGGUAGGGAUCGUGCGGGGAGUCUGGAGGCUCCGUCAGCGAAGCGUCUGAAAACGCAAUUCCGCUGUUCAAAAUGCGGCUUUGUCACAGACGACAGUACACAGUUCCAGCAGCAUAUACCUCAGCAUAAAACUGAUGAAAACACUCCUCAGUGCCUUCACUGUGGCCUGUGUUUCACAUCCGUGCUGUCUCUCAACAGACAUCUUUUUAUUGUACACAAAGUCAAAGAUCCUGAGGGAGAGGAGACAGAGGAAGAAGAAGAAGAGGAGGAUGAGGCAGAGGUUAGGGAGAAGGAGCAGGAUAAUCAGCCAGUUAAAUCAGCAGAGACUGAUGAGGUAAAUAAUUUGUCUCCAGACCCAAACAAAACUGAGCCCUCACAGGCAGAAGAGCCAGCAAGUCUGCACUGUGACAAGACCGCGGACUGUAAUUUAAACCUGAGCGCUCACUCGCAGACACAAACAGUCUCUCUUCGGUAGUGAGAGCAGCCUCAACUCCUCUUUAAAGCUGCUGUAGUGUCUUCAGUUUUCAUGUGAAAGUAACAAAGAGGUGCUUGCCAUUAUGCAUGGAGGUGCUGCAGAGCGUUUGGGCCUUUAAUUGUGUUAUUCAGAGGCCAUACAGUAUAUUCAAGCAGAUCCUUAACGUUUAAUAAAGAGCAGUAUUUUCAUAAAGAAGAGGACAAAGUAAUAUCCAUAUUUCAAUUAUUUUUUAUUUAACUUUGCAUGUUGGUAAUAUAUCCAUCUUGCCUUCCAGACAUAACUGCACUCAUAUUACAGCUAAGGCUUUUUUUUCCUAUUUCUUUCUUUUCCUCCUCUUUUUUUUUCCCAUCCACCCUGACAGGAGACUCAGGAACGUCUGUUAGUGUUUUUAGGUCUGGUAUCAAUUGAUGUGACAGUGACGGGGUGGAUUUUUUUGCCUUUGUAACCAACGGUAAACCUAAAUUGCUUAAAUUGUGUCUGAAGUAUGUAAUGCUACACACUAUUACCUGAAUAGGAUUCAGGUUUCAGUUUUUAUGUUGACUGUGUUGCAGUUAUUUUGCAGUACGACGCUAGAAUUUUAGUCACCAUUUAUAAGAAAACAUAGUAUAUUUCAGUGUUCAUUUAAAAGCAGUACUUCUGCAUUUAUGGUAAACAGUUAUUUUACAAGAGUGUCCUGUAAGAUCAUUCACAGCUGCGGAGUUGUCUUGCUAAGCAAAGCCUACUAAAGUUAGGCUAUACAUAAGAACAAGAGUUACUUUUGACUAUUUAAGCAUUCUGAAAUGCUUUUGUCUUUUUGUUUAUCGAACGUGUUUGAUUUGUGGGUGCCCAGAUCUGGCCUUUUUUAUUUUAUUUUAUAAAUUAAGAAUUUUGCCUUUUUUUUUUUUUUUUUUCUUUAUUUGAAUGAGCAUUCAGGAGAAACAUGGAGAGGUAUUGGAUGUGUGGUUCAGCAGUAUUGAAAAUACCUCAAAUUGCCAGAAGUGUAUUUUUUCAGGCAAGUGAACGGUCAAUGUUAUGUCAAAUCAGGGUACAUUGCUUUGGAUAAUCCAGAGCAGGCGUGAAAGUGAAGUUUGGCGGCAUACUGAGGAUAAUGUUUUAGAAAUCAGGACCUGUUAACAGAUCAGAGGAAUUUCUUAAAUCCAUGAUGACUUUAGAGGAAAGAAAUCUCUCACAUUAACACUUAUGACUGUGGUUCCUUCCCACUCACAGGUCCUGAUUUGUAAAGCAGCACCUCUUGUUUUGUAACGAAUACAUGACAGUUCCUACCUCCAUGGUAAAUGGCAGUGAUUGUUAAACGUUGAAAGGCUUUGAAGAGUUGCAGGUAAUCUCAGUGCAAUGUAAAAAUUAGUUUAUAUAAUGUGUAUUAUCCCACAUUAUUAAAUUUUAUAAAUUAUUUUGGGAGUGAUAGUAAGGCUAUAUGGUCAUAUUGACUUAACUGGCAAGUGAACUUUUCUAUGUAAGUGCUAUAUGAACUCUUUAUUUCUCUGUAAUCCUUAAAUCACCACACUGCAGCUGUCGGUCUGCAGAGGCUGAAAAGAAUGACUUGUUUCACGACUUGUUCUUUUGUAAUGCUUGUUGAAAGAGAUUUGUACUUUUGAUACUGUGUACAGCGAGGACUUGUAUAGGAAAGUAACCUGUGUACAUACAGUAGCCAACGAACCCUGGAUUCACAGCAUUUCUUAAGCCAUUACAUCUAUUCAGCAUGCAGUGGCCCAUGUGCCUUGCUGUUAUGUUUACGUAAAGUACUUACAAAUAAAUCGGUGCAUUUAAUUAUA